UCCUCGUGAUGAUGCAAGUCUCCAAGAAGAUUCCCAUGGAGGACCCCAAUGUCCUGAUGGCCAUCCGCGGAUUAUACGUUGUGUCUAAUCUCAUCAUCAUCUCCCUCUAUGCCUAUGUCCACUUGAAGAUCAACAAGAAGAAGGACAUGACCACCCUCAAGUAUGUUGAGCAACCCCAGAUCGGAUCCACCGAAGAGCCGAAGCUCGUUACCACCACUGUCCACGCCUACGAUGUCGCACAAAUGAAGACUCUCUACAAGGCGCAAUUGAUGGGCGUUGGCAUGAUGUGUGUCAUGCACCUCUACUUCAAGUACACCAACCCUUUGAUCAUUCAAUCCAUCAUUCCUCUCAAGAGCGCACUCGAGGGGAACAUGCUCAAGAUCCACCUCUUCGGUCAACCCGCCUCUGGAGACCUCAAGCGUCCUUUCAAGGUCGCCCCGGGCUUGAUGAGCAGUCUUCAAGGAGGUGCUGCUGCUCAAUCUCAAGACAAGAAGUCGAUCGCAGCGGCCGAGAAGGCAGGCCGUGGAGGCGUCAAGGACGAGUAGAUCAUUAUUCACUAGGGUUCUUCUUGGAACAUAGUUAUAGGGAUAUGUAUGUGUAGGGAUAGGCGGUGGCAUACUACGAACAUAAUGCAAUGGGCGUUGUGAACCUUUAAUGGCCUUUGUAUAUUGUCGCGUGACAAAUUACCUCUUUGAAUGCAACAAAACUUUCAAAGACAAGGAACCUG